AUGCCUUCAAAGACCAGAGAAGCGUCCGAGUCGGAGCGUUUGCCUGUCUGGUUGAAGGCGAGGAAGUCAGGGGCCCCCGAGAGCCCUGCUGCCAUGAUGCCCACGAGCACGAGAGCCACGCGGUCGCGAUUUUCCAGUCCGCAUCAGCAAGCCAAUGGAGGAACGGAACCGGCCAAGAAAUCGAAUGGAUCGAGCGAGGCCUCGAGGACAUUCAUGCAGAAAUGGUUGGAGCCGACGGUGCAGAGCAAGCCGAGCUUUGAGGAGGCUGGAUUGGUGCGAUACGGCGUCACAGAGAAUAUGGCGCCCCUCGGAGCCCUUCCUAAGGCACCGGCGACGAAGAGGCCGGGUCAGGAUGGCACGGGACCCGUCAGGAAGAUCAUUUUGAAGUCAAGCUCAGCAAGUUCGGCCGCUGCAGCCGCAGCCUCAGCAGCAGCAGCAGCAGCAGCAGCAGCAGCAGCAGCAGCAGCAGCAAGUGCGCCAGCAGCAAAGCGCUCAGAGACACCACCUCCGUCCCUUCCUUCACCUCCUGCCGCGGUUCAGAAACCGGCCAGAAAGUCUUUGCCUGCGUGUGGUCUGGACGAAGACGGAGAGGACGAGGAUUACACGCCUAAAGCUGUUGUUGGAAAGGGUCUAGGUCGUCGUGCAUCAGCCUCGCAUUCACGGAAGAGUCUGUCGCGCUCCUCGGUAAGUCGCCGCGCAUCUUCAUCAGUCCAUCAAGCAGCGCCUUCUAGCGACGCCGUGCAGCCUUCAGAGUCGACGCCUGAGAACAAGGACAUCGUUGAAAAGGCUGUGGAGGUCGCAGUUGAGGAGGCUCUCCGGCAUUAUCGCUAUCCCACUGCGUGGGCACUCCGGACCCUCUACGACGAAAAUUCUUCCAACCAAGCCUUCCUGUCCAUGCUGGAGGACGUCUUCCACCAAACAGCCGACGAAGACACCCUGGACGAGUUUUCGCGCCUUAUCGAGGACAAGAAGAGAGAGGGCAAGAAGGACAACCAGGCCUGCUACUAUUUUGUGCCUCCUUCCACCAACUCGCGCUUCACCCCUCACAAGCCAAAACCGGCACCCUACGGAAAUCUUCUCUUGCUCGACCCUGCCAAAUCCGACGAUCAGGAAGUCACGCCGACCAAAAAGCCUACCCAACGCAGAAAAACACCCGAAUCGUCCUUUGACGACGUGGACAUGGACGACGAGCCUACUUUGCUGGCGGCCGAGACGGCCAUGGCCGCCACGACACCGUCACGCAGGCGCGCUCGGAGAGAUUCGGCAAGCAGCGACUCGUCGUUGUCGGAGCUCUCUGCGUCCCCGUCGUUGCCACCCGACUCGCCUUCUCCCAGCUCUCCGCCCGUUCCCGUGGGAUUCCAGCAAGGGGACAGCCACAGUCGCCGUCACAGUGCCACGACUGUUGCCACGACGGCUGCCACGGCUGCUGGGGCCGACACCGAGACCGCCUCAACCAGCGCACCACCGCCAAUCGACCUCCAGCCAAUGAAGAGGCGCGGCAGAUCCCUUGCUACUAAGACGAGCGUGUCUGACGCAUCCAACCCAAACUCACCCACCCUCCCCCCAAAUGUAUCCCAAGCUGCAGGAGCUGGCAACAUGCCUGGUCGACUUUCCUCACCCAUCUUCCCCAACCUUUCGACGACGGCACCACCAUCCAAACCGCCUGGCAAGAAGAAUGCCAAUAAGGACAAGACUCACCGUGUGUUGCCCGGCGACGACGCGAACACCGCACGCAGAAGACAUGCACGCGAUAGUACCAUCAGCCAGACGCCCCAGCCUGAGAGCCAUAUUCGUGGAUCAGACAUGAGAAGCUGGGCCGGCUCCGUAGCUGCCUCUUCGCCAGCGGUGAACCUGCGCAAGUCGACUCGGACGCCCGUUCCCAACCCGAUCCCUAAUCUGACCCUGAGCACGAGGACCACAAGGUCAGCCAAGAGGACACACGACGAGAUUGACAAUAUAAGCUCUCCGACUGCGCCAAUAUUCCUUGACGACGUCACGCCUACAACGAGCUCCAGGGCCGCGACGCCCACGAACCUUCGCCCAACGAAGAAGCAACGGACGGGUCUGCGCAUCAAAACCUCGCCUAUGAAGAAGAAAGGAGGCACUGCGGCUGGCGUACCCCGACCUAGCGGCGAGGGCGGUGCAUCUGUCACGAAUGGAGGCCCAACGAACCAGGAUGAGAACGACGACUACUGCUCGGCGUGUGGUGGUGUCGGAGACCUGGUUUGCUGCGAGAACUGCUCCAGAUCGUUCCAUUUUGAGUGUGUCGACCUUGGCCUGGGCGACACUCUCCCCGAGGAGUGGUUUUGCAAUGUCUGUUUCAGCAACAGAUACCCUACCAGGGUACCCGAACACAAGGGUCCCUUUGGCGGUUUGCUGAACAGUCUGGAGAAGACUAAUCCCCAAGCCUUCAAGCUGCCACAGCGUGUCCAGCUAUAUUUUGAAGGUGUCAAAGUUGGCCCCGAAGGCGAGUACGAAGAUAUCGUGGUUCCGACGAAGCCCAAGAAGAAAGGGUAUGAAGAAGCCCCGGACUUCUUCAGAGUUCGAGACACCGAUGGUUCUGCUGUUCUCUGUCACAACUGCCAACAGCCAGCAGCCGACAACCGUGCCAUUCUUCCCUGUAGUCAAUGCGGCCUUUACUGGCAUCUGGACUGCCUUGACCCUCCUCUGGCAAUCCCUCCUGUGUUGCGGACAUGGCGUUGCCCGAUGCACGUAGACGAUUUGUUGGCUGAGCUGCCCAAAGAGCUUGCACCAGCUCACCGUUUCCGGAAGAUCAAAGGAGCCCCUGCCAUCACCCCGGCUUUCAGCCGUGGCAUGAAAAAUAAUGGCGUCAUUGAGAUUGAAGAAGAGGAGGAGUCUGAAGGAGAAGAGACAGGGUGGAACGAUGUGAAGACUUUUGGGCGUGUCUACAAGUUACCUGCCAAGGGCGUUGUUCUCGACUUCAUUUCUCAGCUUCGUAAGGAUGGCGCAGGCUACAUCAAUGAAUUACCGUCUUUGGCCAAGACCCAGCCACAGCCAGCCACUAUACCUCUGGGUGCGCGUUCGCGCGCAGAGCAGCAGACAGUGCUCAACUUGGUCGAAUUGGCAUCUAGCCAGCCGACCACCAAGCUUGACGACCUGACGCAGGCCCUGCUGUCAACUGCCGAUCCAGCUAUACUCUCGCUCAUGGCGCGUGGAAGUGCAGAAAACUUCGCCAGCGGUCAUAUCAAUGCGGCGGACAAGCAGAGUCUCCACGCCAUGCUGGCCCAGAUGGACGCCAUGUCAGACCGCAUCAGAAGCCUUCUUGGGGCUGGCCAGCAGGUUGCUGAUGCACACGAUGCAGAGGGUGAGCAAACCAUGAUGAUCGACUACAACGACACAUACGGUACUGAGAGCGCCGAGGGCGACUCAUCCUCGAUCAAGAACGAGUCCAUGGAGCCCCCUGCCGACUUGCCAACACCUGCAACCACCACCCAGGAUAAUCCGGAACCAAUCAACAGCCUGGGUGAAAAGUCAUCUCAGGAGAUUCCGAACGACAGGAACGAAGACGAAAUGGCCAUCAUGGAUAUUGACUAG